ACCUUUUCAUGUUUUUGUUUAAAUGUCUGGCAGGAAGAGCCGCGGGAAAUCCACCCAAAACUAGCUGAUGUUUGAUACAGUUUCUUGGUGACUGGAGGGGGACCUCUGCGAUUCGCCAAUGACGUUGUCCCCUCUCGUUCACAGUUUAUGAGCCUCUCGUAUUAUUAAACAACAGAAACGAUGGUGACAAAGAAGAUACGGACGGAAUAUAUGAAGAAAUUCAAAGAUCCAAAAUGGGAAACAUUCUCCAAGUGCUACGAGGAUUUGCUAAACUACAGACUCUCAAGAAGGAUGUUAGAACAGUCUCACAAUCCGAUUUUAUGGGGAGGCUGCGAAACUGGUUCCGAGUCCAGCGGCAGAUCCACUCCACAGAAAAAUAAAAUCUGUCCUGUGACUGAAGAAGAAACGCGACCAUGUGAGAGACAAAAACAGGAGGUUGAGCCGAAAGACGCAUCGGAACCUACAGGUCCUGCAGUUGAGAGAGAGCCGGAAGAGGACACGUAUCCACAUACAGACAGACAAGAUGCUGAGAUAGGGCAGCAAAAUGGAGAUACUGGAGCGGAGGGGAAACACAGAGAGGGGUCAGGUUCACCUGGUGACCCUGCACAGAGAAGCUCACGGAAGCCAAAGUCACUGCGAGCCAAAAGCCAACCGCCACAGACCACAGCGGCCGCCGCGGAGGACAGACAUCCCUUCGCCAUGUACGGGUGGGCAGAGCAGCACGCCAACAUGGCGGGGAAGAAGACUCACAACGUGCUUCCGACAGGGUCCACCACGGAGAUUCAUGAUUCUGCUCUGCGUGCCAAAACUAGACGGCAGGUAGAAAAACAAAUGAAGAAUCUACAGCGGCAGCGUGGGCGGUCGGCUGAGCCCAGAAAAACACGCAGGACAGAGGAGGUCCAAGACUACAACCCCUGGAUAACAGAGUACAUGCGCUGCUUCUCCUCCAGGGCCCGCUAGGCCCAAAAUGGACACCAUCUCUCCACUCCACUCUGCUCUCUUUUCCCAUCAGGGCUUUUCGGACCAAACAACUUUUCUCAAGGUGUGUAGCAUUUUUGCUCAAUCAUGGGACGACUUCUUUUUUAAGACCUGGUAAACUCAGAGAAGCAGAAAUGUUUCCAAAUAUUUCAAAUUAUUCCAAGUAUUUUUUUGUGUAUUCUGCUAUUUCCAUGUUUUUGUCUUUAAAAAAUGAAUGCGAACAAUGGAUUUUAUACUUGAUCACCACAUACUUGGGAAACCAUUUUGUGGGUAAUGUUUUAGUAUAAUAUAAUGUUACAGAUAUUUCUUAUUUUUAUUUAUUUAUAAACAUUGUGAUUUUUGUUUUUGAAAAAGAUUUCAGCGUUCAUGCCAAACGCAUGAAGAAUUUGUAACAAUCCAAAAAAUCUGAUCUGUACAUAAAUGGCAACUAAAAGUAUAAAAUACUGAAGGUAUAGUAUUAUUGUAUCAUAAUAACGCAAUUACUGAUUCAGCAGGUUUUGUAUUGCCUGCCGAUAUCAAGCUAAAUGCUUAAACCUGUUCAGUUUCCCAUCAAAAUGAGCCAUAUCCUCAGGCCUGCCAUCUGAUUUAACAGAACAGUAUUGUGUAUUUUGUUUACUUUUAGUUUUGGGAGAUAUCUUUUAACUCUGAGACAGUCUUCUGGCAACCCUGAAACUGUGAACAUAAGCCAACCAGUGUCCUUCCCAACUUUUCAAGUAAAAUGGCUUUCAGAAUCAUUCCGAAGAACUAUCUGAUCUACUUAAAAUAUGAUGUACUAGCAGGCAUCACGUUGUAAUUUUAGUAGUGCAUGCAUUUUAAGUGGUGGACUCGGUCCUCUUCAAUUCUGUAAAUGCUUCCCUUUCCACAGAUCAUAUGUACUACUAGUGUUCGCAUCAUAUUUAAUACAGAGUGUUAAUGUAAUGCAUCCUCAUGCAGAUCAUUCCUUAGCCCCGAAAAGAAUGCAUCAUGAACUUUAAUCAACGUUUCAGAGAAGAUUUGUCCUCUGAUGACGCUGGAAUGGCAGUGUGAUGCACACGUUGGGUUUCAUUGGUAGAGGCAGGCAGUGCCAUUAAAGUGAUGACUGUACAAUCUGCUGCAGGUUCUUUGUGGGAAGUCGUUAAGUACGCAGCAUUAACAGAGCGGUUAAGCUGGUGCUCCUGAAAUAUAAUCCCCACUAUCCAAAAUACACCCCCGCUCUCAGUUCCUCUGAGGUCACCCAGUCUCCUUCAGUUUAAACUGAUUAGAACAGAUUCUACAUCCCCACACACCUUCCCUGCAUGGGUUAUCAUUAAGGAGCAAAGAUAAUUAUUCCCCCAGAGUUAUUUGUAACAGUGAGCACCUGGGCACAGUUUGGGGGAUUAUAUAUGUUUGUUAAGAAUUUUAUAUUUAUAUGUUUAAGAAAGCCAGAUUUAGACUGGUGUUAUUGUUCAAAUGUCUUGGUGACUGGCUCAAUUACCUGAACACAACUGAGAAAUAAUUUGGGGACUUCUUAGCUUUUGCUGUACAGUAUAUAUUAAUUAUAUUUGCACAAGAUGUUGAUUGAUGUCUACUCAUGAAAGAAAACUACCAAUGUUUACAUUGUGACAAAUAUAUUUGUACUUUUGAAUGAAUAUGAUUGUAAUUUGUAUGUGCUUACUGAAUUCACUUGCUAUUUGGAAUAAAUGGCUUUGAGUGUUGUAAA